AUGAGUCAUCAAAAUUCUGAAAAAUCACCCAAAAACGAAAGCUUUGCAACCAUACGAAAAAAUUCACCAAAUUCCAAGAAAAAAGGAUUCUAUUCAAAUACAACAAAUUCCGAUUUGUAUGAAAAUAGUUUUUAUGCAUCGAAAACAGCAGCAAUAGUAACAUCACCGACUUCUACUCCAUCGUUACAAAGAAAACAAUUGUCAAGAUUCGGCAAUUCAUCCACUACAAGUGAUUAUGAUAAUAAAUCUGUAAGAAAUUCUCAAUAUCCCAUUGAGAAUAGACGAAGAGAGUAUAGAUCAUCAGCGAAUAUACCUUAUCAAUCCGGUCGAAUCUAUGAUUUUAUACACCUAAGUCUACCUGUAUCUGAGUCAAAUUUUACAUCGAAUGAAUCAGUUUCAUCCUCUUCUCUACCGGUUACACCAUUAUCUCCAACAACAUGUACAACACAACGGUAUCGACAAAAUUUAAAUAAUAUUUUGAGAGCAUCAAGUUUAGAUAGUCGUUUUCAAAAUAAAUUCAAUGUUGACAAUCAUAGCGUUCCUUUGAAUUAUGCACAAGAAAGCAAUGUAUGCAAACAAAGUGAAUUAAAAUCGACGCUGAGUAAACCUAUGGCGAAUCGCGAUAACACUGUUAAUAGUAAAUCCAAUCAAAACCAAUCAACAACGCCAAUAAUGAAACGUAGUUAUUUGACUGUGACACCAUCAAUAGAAAUUAGUUUAGUCAAUGAUACUGAUACUGAUGACAAUGAUGAUAAUAAUAAUAUCAGUGGUAAUAAUAGCAAUAAUGGUGAUGAUGAACACACUUUUGAUACAAGAAAAACAGAUAAAUUCAGUUCAGAACUUACAUAUAAUUCUAAACUAACAAGAGAUAGAUUAAACUCAAGUCGUUUAUUACGGCCUAAUAAUCGAACUGCUUCAUUACGUGUUGAUGGGGACAGUAGUAGUGUUGAUUACAAUGAUGUGAGUUAUCAACCUUAUUACAUAAAUGAUAAUAAUCGUAUACAAAGUCGAGCGCUGUCUAGUCAACGUUUACAUUCACAAAAUGAAUUGAAUGUUAGGCUAGAAGGGACAAAUUUACACAAUCCUACCAAUACCAGUACUAAUAGACGUGGUCGAUUGGUAAGACAAUCACGUUCAUUUCAAAAUAACGUUGAUUAUUUGAAUCCUACUAAUGACAAUAUACAUUGUUCAUCAACUAAUACACUUAACAGUCAAAAUAAAUCUGAUCAAUUGACUACGUCAACUAUUGGAAAUGUUAUGGAUGAAUUUGAUUAUUUUUGUCAUAUAGCUAAUGUUUCAAGAGAUCAAGAGAAAAAAGUAUCACCCAAAAAGAAAUCAUUACAUCCUACAUUAUCCGCUUCCAAUAGUCGAAGUCAUUCAGUACGUGAAACUAGUUUAGAAAGACAAAAAAGUAUCAUUGAUUAUGGUGCCAAUAAUAGUGGAAUUGCAUUGGACACAAAAAGCACAAAAUCAACUAAAGCCAGUUAUUUAAAACCUCCUAGUAAAGGUCAACUUAGAAGAGCGAGUACAGAAGAAGAUCCUUUAAAUAAAUCAUCAUUAUACAAACGUCCUGUGACAGCAACUUUAAGCUAUACUUCAAUGACUAAUAGUUAUUCAAAUCUAUGCAUUACUCCACCAAAAUCUAUACCAUCUAUUCCUUUAACAAUGGACGAUAUUGAUAAUCCAACAAGUCCAUUAGGUGUACCAUUAUCAAUGGAUUCAGUAUUUGCUGAUGAACCAGGAUUAACAUUUUAUCAAGUACAAGUUUUAGGUGUAUCAGGUGUUGGUAAAACUUCAUUAUGUAAUCAACUGGCAUCAUUAGUAGAUGGCAAUUCAUCAAAUUGUGAUCCUGAUGAAAUGGAUAACAAACUAGAAACUUAUUCAAUAACUACAGCUCUAUGCGGUUCAGUGUAUACGGUGAAUUUUGUAGAUACUUCAGCAAAGAACUUUGAAGAAAAUCUUGAAGUACAAAUACGUGAUUGUAUUGAUGCAUUCCUUGUUGUCUAUGCUAUUGAUGAUCAAAACAGUUUUGAAGCAGCUAGAUUAAUUAUUAAUGCAUUGACACCACUGAAUGAUACUAGACAGUGUCCAAUGUUGUCAUCAAAAACAAUGAACAAUCCAAUGACAACUGUACCUGGUUUAAUCUAUCUUGUUGGAAAUAAAUCAGAUUUAGUUAGAGGCAGACAAGUUUCUGUUGAUGAAGGUCGUCAUUUAGCCUCAAUGCAUGGAGUAAAAUUUAUUGAAGUUUCUGCAUCGUUAAAUCAUAUGGUUGCAGAUCUUUUCGUGCUAUUAAUUGGUCAUUUACAUGAAAGUGAACAACAUGGCAGGGAUCCUCGUUUACCGGCUGACAGAAGAGCUAAUCCACUACAAUCAAACCUGUUAACAUGUUCAUCUAAGUCGAUAACAAACUCGAACAUAGUAAACACCUUCAAAAUACCUACUGUUACCAAAGCUAGUUUUAGCAAAUUUCUAAAAAAACAUUUUACACGUUCCAGUCAAGACAGUGAUUAACUGUGUGAAUCACAAUUUACUACUGACUUUUGAGGUUUUUGGUUGGGCUACUGACAAGCAACUAAAGUAAACUGAGCAAACUUUUAGAAACAGUCUCCUAUGUACGUUGGUUGAUUUUUUUUUCGAAUUUCAUUUGCUGUAUUCCGAACUCAAACUUUUCGAUACACUAAACAACAUAUCAUGUGAAACACAAUUAACGUACUACUUGUUGUAUGAUUUGAUGGCCGAAAUUUAAGACCUUUUCAUUAAA